AUGGAUCUUAUAGAGUAUUACGCGAUCGGUGUAGGGGCAGGCUUCUGCCUUUUGCUAGUUGGUAUGUCGGUCGUACUGAUUAGAGCCCUUUGCGCGCCUGCAGGUCGCCGUCUCAGGCGCAUGUUAAACCCGUUAUUACCAACAUGGGCAUGUGGUCGGAUUAUCAUCUCGAUGCAAGAGGCUACCUUAUUGUGUGUUAUAUUAACAAUCAAUGGGUUGUGCGUAGGUGUAAAUGUUCGCGAUGGUGUUUCCGAAGUUGCCAAGCGCCUGGGGCGCGUAGCUCUCGUUAACCUCGUUCCGAUAUCCUGCGGCGCCCAUAUGAACUAUGUCAUUAGUAUCUGCGGGAUACGCCUUGAUCAGUAUGCUAGGCUUCAUGCAUGGCUAGGCGGUAUUGUUAUAGUUGAAGUGACCUUACACACUAUUUUUGGGCGUGGCGCGAUUCACGAUAUUGCUGGUCUCCUGGCUUCAUGUUCCGUCUGGAUAAUUGGAGUAGUCUCCAUACCUAUCAUCCGACGUUGGGUGUUUGAAUUAUUCACCAAGCUACAUACAGUCUCAGCAGCAGUUGCUCUUUUUGCGCUUUGGCUUCAUCUCCCCUCCUCGACGUUUUAUACUAGACCGCGUCUGUACCUCCUCCUCAGCCUGUUCAUCUUCAUCUUGACCAAAUUCGUCCGACUCUUAAAUAUCAUAUACUCGAGCGUAUCUCUUAGGGGCAAGAGCAUUGCUCUUGUCGAGAGACAAGGGGACGGCGUGGAAAUUCGCAUCCGCAUGGCUCGACCACUGAAGUUCAAGGCGGGUCAGUAUAUAUACCUUAGCUUAUGGGGCCUUUCAAAGCUGUCGGCAUUGGAAUUCCACCCAUUCCAGAUAUGCUGGGAUUACCCGGAUGAAAGUGGGCAUCAAAUAUUAGUCUUACUUGUCCAACCCCGGAAAGGCUUCACGAAGAGUCUUCUAACGUCUGCCUCCUACCAGGAAUACCUGGCCUUUGUAGAAGGGCCUUACGGAAGGCCACUAUCACUUGGUCAGUACGGAACGGUCUUACUACUUGCUACCGGGGUUGGGAUUACUGGCCAGCUGCCUUACGUGAAGGAGCUUCUUAAACUCUAUCUUCAAUGCGAAGUUAAAACGAGAAGAAUUGCUUUAUUCUGGGAGGUGGAAUCAGAAGUACAUCGAUAUUGGGUGAGAAAAUGGAUGGAUGAGUUGCUAGCACUUGAUAGAGACUAUAUUCUGGAUAUCCAGCUAUAUAUCAAGGCGCAUUUUCUCUCCUCAAGGGCGUCAAAGGGGGACGUGGAGAAACUUGGAUCCCAUGGUCGCAUCACGUUAACAUAUGCGACGAUGCGACCCAAUAUUAUCAUUGCUUCAGAAAUGGAACGACGUAAAGGAAAGACAUUGGUAUCCUUAUGUACGAACCCAUCAACAACCCGUGUUAUCACGGAUAUCCUCGAACACGCCGCUCAUACAGAUGUUGACGUUAAAAGAUUGGAUUUUCAACCUUGGACCACGAAAGUAACGGAAGUUCGUUUCUAAUUCUGAUUGGCUU